GAGUCUCUCGGGAGGCUGGAUUAGCCACAAGUUGUGGUGAACCAGGGUAAAUUUGAUGUGCCUCUCACUCUUCUCUUUACUUCUCCUUUAAAUUUUUUAUUCCUACGAUUUCUACGAUCAAAUGCUAUUCACCCCCCUCUAGCGUUGGUCUUUUAUUCUAACAAUUGGUAUCGGAGCCUAACUCGCGUCCAAACUUAACCGUUUGAGAGAAAAGCGAUCAUGGGUUCUUCUUCUAGAAAUCUUUACGCAGGGAUCGGAGAAGGUCAAUCAACUUCUAGGCCACCACUCUUUGAUGGCACCAACUACACAUAUUGGAAAGAGCGGAUGAGAAUUUAUAUCCGCUCAACCAACUUCCAGUUGUGGUUGGUCAUCAAAAACGGCGAAGAAACUCCUAUGAAGAAGGUCGGUGAAAAACUCGUCCCAAAGACCAAGGACGAAUUUGAUGCCGAAUACAUCAAAAAGGUGGAGAACUACGCCAAGGCAAUCAACAUGCUGUACUGCGCGGUCAACCCUGAUGAUUAUCGCAAGAUCUCUUGCUGCACCACCGCCAAAGAAAUGUGGGACAAGCUAGAGGUCACAUAUGAAGGAAUAGCGCUCAAAGCAACCAAAAAGACGGCGGAAGAAGUCUCAAGCGAUGAUGACAACGAGUUUGGACUCGUCAUCAAGAAAUUCCACAAAUUCAUGAAGAAGGAAUUUGAACAAAAAGGAAGAAAGCACGACAAUCCCCCGAAGUGCUAUGGCUGUGGCGAGAUAGGCCACAUCAAGCCGAGGUGUCCAAAAGGCAAAAGCGGCAAGCACAAACCUGGCUUCAAAAAGCAACGUGCCUAUAUCUCAUGGGGUGGAGACUCCGGCAACGAGUCAACUGACCAAGAAGAGGAAGAAGCCGCCAACCUUUGUCUCAUGGCACACGAAGACCACGCCGAAGAAAUACAAGAUGUGUGCUUGAAGGCGUCAAGUGUACUUUGGUACCUUGAUAGCGAAUGCUCCAAGCACAUGACCGGAGAUGCAUCCAAGUUCCUACAAAUCAAACCCGCUAAAGGAGGAAACGUAGUCUUCGGAGAUAAUAGAAAGGGAAAAAUUAUCAGCGUCGGUUCAGUAGAUAAUCCUCGCUUGGCGAGAAAGGAUAUUUGUAAUGAUCUUGAAGAUUCAUUAGAUAGAAUACACGUCGAAGACGAUGAAGAAAACGGGAAUAUACACCAACACGCAGCCACAAGUUGGGGAGAUACCUCAAGAGACUAACCAAGGGACAGUUCGAGGUGAAGGAAUCCGAAAGUCAGGGGGAACCAG